GAAAAAACCGAUGAAUAUAUUAGAACUUUGCUAACAGAAAAAGAUAAAGCAGCACGUUCCGGAAUACCGUCAAGUCUAGAAGAUCUUGACAUUUUUAAUAAAAGCAAAACUGAGAAGGGUAAGAAUGCUGCGCUUUAUGCAUAUAAUUAUUCGUCUCCAGGUGCCUCGGUCCCUCAAAGCCCGACAUUUACCCCACCGCCUCGUUUUAUGCCCGAACUAAGCGCGGCUCAUGGGGAAUCAAUAGACGUUACUCCCAAGGAAGUUUCUUUACAUGAAGGAGGAGUACAGACCGAUGAAACUUCUUUUGGACCUUCACCACCUUCAGAAGAGGAAAAUCCUGAACGUGUUGUUGCUUCAUAUAAUAAAAAUUCAUUAGCAAAAUAUGAACCGGAUGGUAUUGUUUUAGUAUGGAAUUUACGCCAAUCUGAACGUCCAGAAUUUGUUCUUCAUUCCCAGUCGGAUGUGCUUACAACCACUUUCUCUGAUUUUAAAUCAGAGCUUGUUAUUGGUGGUACUUAUUCUGGUCAUAUAGUUCUUUGGGAUACAAGAGCAAAGUCUUCUCCUGUUCACAAAACUUCUUUCUCCGUAAAUGGCCAUACUCAUCCUAUCUAUUCAAUGCAAAUUGUGGGUACUCAAAAUGAUCACAAUCUAAUCACUGCAAGUACUGACGGUAUUGUAUGUACUUGGCACUUAGAUAUGUUGACUCAACCAGUGGAUCGUUUGGAAUUAAUACAUUCUGAACAUAGUAAAACUGAUGAAGUUUCAGUUACUGCAUUUGGGUUCCCAGAUAAUGAAACUACGGCCUUUUGGGUCGGAACAGAAGAGGGUAAUGUAUAUCAAGUUAAUCGACGUGGACGCCCUGGAGGCAAAGCUGGAAUCAACCAAUAUGACUUUUAUAAAGGUCAUUGGGGCCCGGUCACUGGUCUUCAUUUCCACCCUAAUAAUGGAACUGAAGAGUUUUCUGAUUUAUUCUUGACUUCAUCCGUAGAUUGGACUGUAAAGUUAUGGAGAGCUGAAUCAUUUUUAAAACCGUCAACACAUCUCCAAAUUAUUACACCAUUACAUUCUUUUGAAAGUUCAGAUGAUUAUGUUUAUGAUGUUAAAUGGUCACCUUGUCAUCCUGCACAAUUUGCUUCUGUUGAUGGUACUGGAAAGUUUUCUUUAUGGAACAUGAAUGUGGAUGUUGAGGUACCUAUUGUUAGUACUCAAGUUGGUGAAGGAAAGGCAUUAAAUAAGGUUCAAUGGGAUAAAGACGGAAGAAAGACAGUAAUUGGAUCUUCUGAUGGACGUGUUCAUAUUUAUGAUAUAGGAGAG